UGAUGAUAAAGAUGAUAAAGAUGAUAAUGAUAAUGAUGAUGAUGAAGAUGAUAAUGAUGAUGAAAUUAAAGAGCAUAAUAAUAGAGUAAUUUAUGCUGAAAGCACUAAUAAUUGUAAUGAAAAUAAUUCAAGCAAUUCAAAAAUUGAAUUAGGAGCUAAAGAAUUUUCAUUUUUAUUUCCUAGCGGUGUUUCACUAGAAAAUAUCAGUUUCGUAGAAAGACUUUUGGAAGUGAUGAAAAAAGUUCACACUUCUGAGCAAAAAAAUACAUCAACUACGAAGAUUCCAGAAGAAUUCACAACACCUGAUGAAUCCAAGGUUGAAAUAAUCAAAGGGUCAGGCGUUUACAUCGAAAGAUCAACUAAAGCUUAUAUUGAGGCUACAUCCUACACUAAUGGAAAAUUUGAUUGGAAAAAACUAGUACGCUUAACACUUUUAGCAAUUUACGGAUCAGAAAUAUCAAAAUAUAGUGCACUUGGAAAGAGGGCUAAUGGUCGGCCACCUAUUAAUUACCAAUUAUUUCACACAACUUUUGAAUGGGCAAGACGUUUGUCAUCAAAUGACGGUGUAUUGCUGACAAAAUCCGAUUAUAUCGGUGUCAUAAAUAGAGUUGCUUCCAACAAAAGACAACACGUAAGACAAAGCGAGCAGAGUAUAAAAAAAGUGAAAUUAAGUGAGGAACGACUUCUAAAAACAAAUACUUUUCAACAACAUCAAUUUCAAUCUGGUCGAUCUGGUCCGCAAUCUCAACAAGAAAAUCAACCUUACUUUCAAGAUCAAUUUGAUUCUAAACCUCAAAAACGACAUCAAUCUCAACCUUCAUCGGAUUCUCAACUCCGAAUCCGACCACUAUCUCAACUUCAAUAUAAUCCUACAUCUGAAAAUGAAAAUCAAUUUAAACCUCGUUCGCAAUCUCAACAUGAUUCUAUUAAUCCUCAAAACCUACAUCACAUGAAAUCUAAAUCCUAUCCUCAGGUUCAAACUCAAUUUCAUCCUAAGCCUCAACUACAACUUGGCGUGCAAUCUAAAUAUCAAGAACAGAUUGAUAAUCAUUCAAUACCUUCUACAUCACCUAAAUAUUUACAUUAUUCUCAUAAUUCUAAUCUGCAUUCACAAAAUUUUCAAAAUCUUAGAUCAACAAGCGCUACUGAUGAAUACGAUUCAUAUCAUUUCAUGGCCCAUCCUUUCCUCUGUCACCAAAAAUAACCGAUCCAUCUUAUUCACGUAAAGACUUUAAUCAUUAAUCUAUCCAUAAAAUUCUCAACUUUUUGAAGUUGAAAAAAAGUUUUUUUUUUAUUUUUUUAACAUCAUUUAUUAUUUAAUGAUUCAUUUGUCAAAAACAAAACCACGCCGACUAAAAUUAUUGCAAAAAUUAAACUUUACUACCAA